AUGGGGUCUGAACCGUCUGCCCCAGAUGCUGCUCCCCCAGCUGGACCUCCCGGAGCCCCAGGGGCCCCAGGAGCAGAUGGAGCCCCAGGUGGAGGGCCCCCACCCCCUCCUCCCAACACCUCCAGCAACCGCAGGCUACAACAAACACAGGCCCAAGUGGAGGAGGUGGUGGAUAUUAUGCGGGUGAAUGUGGACAAGGUUCUGGAGAGGGACCAGAAGCUGUCGGAGCUGGAUGACAGAGCGGAUGCCCUCCAGGCCGGGGCCUCCCAGUUUGAGAGCUGUGCAGCCAAACUAAAGAGCAAAUACUGGUGGAAAAACGCAAAGAUGAUGAUCAUUAUGGGUAUCAUUGGAGUUCUUGUGGUCGGAGUCCUUUUCUUGUACUUCUUCUAUUGA